UUCUGGUUGGUACUUAAAGUGAUUGCUAUUUGUCCUGGCUGAGAAACCUCAGCCGCCAGUCGCAGGGCAAGUGUCGCAGCUCUCGGGUAUCAAGCGCAGAUACACCUUGGAGGUGCAAUCCGGACUGCUAGUAAGUGCCUUACCGUCUGCCGCAUGGGUUGCUACAUACUCGUCGCAGGUCACGUCAACUCUCCCUUUGACUUGGACAGAAACCUGUACCUUAAAAAGGCCUUUUGUGUUGGCUUCAGGUUUUCAGAAAGUGUCAAGUCCACACAUGAGCGGGAAGACCAGUAUCUUAUGGCCGUGUUCGAUAUUCCUUUUUGCGUAUUACAAGGGUUGGGUCGACCUCUUACAGACUCGACCUUACAUCAAUCUUUCACACGGCUCCUUGCAACCGAAAUCUCGCAAUCAAUUUGGUUAGCUGCAUAUACCUUUGUCCCUGACUGCCUAUCCGCUGUUCUAGGUAGCACGAAAUAUGCGUCGCCCCGCCAUCGUCGACGAGAAAUUCGUUGACGGAGCUUGAAAUUGUCAAGCAACUGUGAUGUUUUCCCUCGCCACAUGAGAGAUAUCUCCUCAGCCUACUAUGUUCUGAUUCCGCCUUCUGCUCAAGAUGUUUGCUGCCUCAUAUGACCUCAGAGUUGGUAUUACUUAUGAUUCCUUAUCUUGUCGGCCGUUGCAGCUUGACGCUUCUGCUACAGCCAGUGGCCCAUCUUCUUUUUACUCGCCAAAAGUUACAGGGUUGACCUCAUUUGUGUUAUUGUGGCCGGCUUGACUCCGGUAAGGCCUGACGUAGGGGCAUAUCUCGACACUCCGCGGUCAAAGGCUGAAUUGCGCAAAAACCGUGGAUUGACUUAUUGAUCCCAUCAGAGACAGAUAUGUUCUGUAAGGUAAACGGCAUGUUCCAGCUUGGAAAUCAUUUGGCGGAAAAGGAUUUGGAGCAUAGGAUAGUGGAGGCAGAGCAGGAGCAGUGUUGGCACGCCAUACACCGACAGGACGAAGGGUGUGAAGUCAAUUCCACUGCGGUACCGAAAGAGAUUACCACGGAGCCGGCAAAUGGACCACCAGUACCUUGUAUCGACGACAGUCACUGUCAAAACAAUCCUCCACCAAUGGACGACGCAAAAGCUGAGGCUUUUGAGCCUGUUGGGCAUGCUGAGACUGCUGAACCUGCCACAUCAGCUGAGACCGCUAAGACGGCCGGGCGUGCUGAGACCUCUGAGUGUACCGAACGUGCCGAGACUGCUAAACCUGCCGAACCAGUUGGGACAGCUGAGACCGCAGGGCUCCCAGAAACUGUUGAACCUGCCGAACUUGCCGAGACUGCUGACACCGCUGAGGCUGCUGAGACUGGAGAAGUAGCAACUACUCAGGAUACAGUCACACAGAUUGCGCCGAUGAUAUUGCCGGACCUGGAUAUCACUGACGAAGCUUAUGCUGAAAGCACCAGUACCAGUUAUGUGACAUCAAUUGCGUCGGAGAUUUCACGAGGUAUCUUGGAGAACGAACGAUUGUACCCACAGUAUGGCAAACACAGCUACGGGAUGCCUAUCGAUGAAGCGGAAAUGGAUCGAAUGGAUUUGCAGCACCGCAAGUACGAGAUGGUGAUCGGUGACAGACAUUUCCUGGCACCUAUUGGUAACCAGCCUCAGCGUAUACUCGAUUUGGCUACCGGUACUGGCAUCUGGGCUCUUGACGUGGCGGACUUGUUUCCUUGCGCAGAGGUGCUUGGAGUCGACAUUGCACCGAUUCAGCCCAAAUGGGUGGCACCCAACUGUCAGUUCGAGAUAGACGACAUCGAGGACACGUGGACCUACAGAAAAGAAAGCUUUGAUUUUAUCCACUUGCGGGAUCCGUUGUACGUGGUACGGGACUGGCCAAGACUGAUGCGACAGGCAUACGAACAUACCAAACCGGGCGGUUGGUGUGAACUGGCGUCGGUGUAUCCCUGCGCCAUGUGUGAUGAUGGUACUAUGCCGCAAGAUUCGAUGUUCAAGUUCAUUUGUGACCGAUUCAUCGAGGCGUCAUAUGGACUAGGCGCUCCUUUAGACUCCUGUCUCCGGUUUGCAGAAUACCUUCGGAAUGCUGGAUUUGUCGACGUGAUGGAGCACAUCUUCAAAAUCCCCUCUUCCCCUUGGCCCAAGGACAAACGGCUGAAGAAGAUCGGGGCAUUGGAAUUGACCAACUUGGUCGAGGGAGCAUCCGCAUUCGGACUGCGGGUGUUUUCUCAUACCUAUGGUUGGAGCCGAGCGGACACGGAGCUGGCCAUGGUUGGGUUUCGUCACGACGUCAAGAAUCGCAAUUACCACCAAUACGUGCAAUAUUAUGUAGUGUACGGACGGAAGCCGGCAAGGGAAGAGAUAUAGGAACUCCGGACGGUGGAAACAAGCAGUCUACCUAGGUAGGAUUAGCAUGGCUUCUGGGAGGCCACCCGAUGUUGAUGGCUGUCAGCGGCUUUGCAGUGGCUCCUACACAUUCGUUUUACUGUCGGCAAGACUAUUAAGCGGGUGUCGGGUCACGUGGUACUCAGGGCUUACCGUAUGAUGUGGCUCUAUCAAUCAGGGUCUAAUCCACUUCUAGUUUCCGA